AUGGCGGGGAGCAUCUGGUCCACGCUGUUGCUCCUGCUUAACAUGGCAGGUGCGCUGCUCGCUCCCUCACCCCGCGCUCCUCAUAGCCUGCGACCGGCCUCCGCCGAUGAUGACGGGGACAUUGACUUCUUCUUCUUCCCCUUCCUGGUGCGCUACAAGAGCGGACGCGUCGUGCGCUUUGUGGGCACGGACCCCGUGCCGGCCUCCGUCGACUCCGCCACCAGCGUGGCCUCCAAGGACGUGGUCAUCGACGCCUCCGUGGGACUGGCCGUCCGCCUCUACCUGUCGAGCCUCGGCAACGGCACGAGGAGCGGGCGCGGCGACAGGAUGCCGCUGGUCGUGUUCUACCACGGAGGCGGGUUCGUCACGGAGUCUGCCUUCUCGCCGACGUACCAGCGGUACCUCAACGCGCUCGUGUCGAAGGCCGGGGCGCUCGUCGUGUCGGUGGACUACCACAUCUCGCCGGAGCACCCCCUCCUGGUGGCCAAGACGACGCGUGGACGGCCCUGGGUGCUCAGGAGCGCGCGGUCCGGGACGGAGCCCUGGCUGCCGCGCCGCGCCGGCCUGACGCGGCUGCUCCUGGUCGGCGACAGCGCCGGGGGCAACAUCGCGCACAACAAGGCGAUGCGCGCCGGCAAGGAGGGCCUGGACGGCGGCGGGGAUGUGAGGGAGCGGGAUUUGGGAUCGAGGGGGUUGUGGCGGCUGGGAACCCUAGCACCGGGAUGGAUCGGCCGCGGAUGGGGCGUAGGGUUGGAUCGGCCGCGGCAGCGGGAUGGAUCAGCCGGGGAGGGGGAGUAG